AUGGCCACCACCGGCGGCAACUCCAUCGUCCUCGCUUGGUCAGUCUAUCUCUCUCUCUCUCUCUCUCUCUCUCUCUCUCUCUCUCUCUCUCUCAUCUCUACUCUAUUCGCUCCUGCUAAGUGCGAUAAGUGAGGAGAUUGUGCAUAUUUUUUUCCUCGGCUCGGAAACUUGUGACGACAUUUCACCGUAUUUUGAUGGAGAAUCGGCGCUGAUUAAGGAUGAUAAUAACCGUGAAUCGUAGGGGCUCGGGGGAGGACGGGCAGCUGGGGAUGGGGAAUUGGGAGGAGAAGGAUUGGGUGUACAGCAUAAGGUCAUUGGAAUCGAAGAAUGUUGUCGCCGUUGUUGCCGGCAGUAGGAACUCCCUCGCCAUAUGCGAGAACGGGAAUGUAUGUUGACAUGUAUCUCUUUUUUUUUUUCCGUCAUAAGAUCCUUCCUACUUGAUUAUGUUCGUUUUGUUUCUCUUCCUCUUUUGAUUCUCUUUUUUUUUUUUGAUAAACAUAGUUAUAUACCUGGGGAUGGAACCAGAGGGGCACGCUCGGACAUCCUCCCGAUAAGAAGACCGAGAGUGUUCCCAGCCUCGUCAAGGCCCUUUCCAAUGUCAAAAUCAUUCAGGUAUGAACUACCGGAGUGUAUUCCUUUAGAUAUCCAUUUUUCAGUAAUUUUUUUCAAUCAAAAUGAGUGGACUGGUUGUGGUUCAUCUUGUGAGUUUUGAUACUCAGGCAGCUAUUGGCGGAUGGCAUUGUCUUGCUGUAGAUGAUCAAGGGUGCGCUUAUGCUUGGGGUAUGCCUAUUCGGUAUUUAUAUGCCUAUAAUUUUGUGUUAUUGAUGACCACUGAAAAAAAUGGCGGUCUACUCGUAUCUCACAUUGUUCUUUGUUAUGACUGUUCAGGAGGGAAUGAGUAUGGACAAUGCGGGGAGGAGCCUGAGCGGAUGGAUGAUAACCGCAGGGCCUUUAGAAGAGACAUUUCAAUCCCUCAGAGAUGUGCUCCCAGACUAUCCGUUCGUGAGGUGAGGAAAAUCGUUACUGAUCAUACUGACCACCUGAGCAAUUGGUUUCUGGAGAUAAGACCCUACAAUAUCCUCACCUUUCUUCCCCAAAAAUUUAUGGUGUUUUUUCCGGUAUACUGCAAUUUUUCUUCAUCACCGUACUUUCUCAAAAGAAGUUGACUAGUCAUAUUGUGAAUGAAAAAAAAUGAGGGUGUGUGUUUCCUCAGAAAUGUUAAAACGAGAUUGAAGUGGAUACUAAAUGUUCAUUUUUCCCUGUUUUGAAAGCCCAGAUAAAGCUCUUUAAAUCUGUGAUAUAGCCUUUACUCCACACCAAUCUUGAUGAACCAUAUCGUUUGUGCUGAAUAUAUUUCUUGAGUACAGUCCUCAAGGCUGAUGAGUAACUUUCUAAAGAGGAAGCAUUGAGACAAAGGGCACUGUGCGACUAUGAGAAGUAUCCGCUUUAAAGGAAUGAUAUGUAAAUACUAAGGGGACACCAUCUGUAGCAUUGAGUUAUCCGUAGGUAUAUGUGUGCCCCUUUCCUUUCUUCUACAACGUCAAAAUUUGAUUAAAAGGGUCAGUGCUGUCUUGAUCUGUUUUUUCCAGGAUUUGAUGGGAAUGAAUCACAAGGUCAGUUUUUUCAACAAUUUUUUUUUUUUUGUGUGUAUCUUGGGCCAUUUCGUAGCUGGCCUUUUAUCCUAUUUACUUUCAGUACUGUCAGGGGUAUAUAACCAGCAUAUUAUUUUCAAAAAAUAAGUAUAUAAUAGUGCAAGAGUGCUACACCAGCCUUUGUUUUCUGUGAAAAUGUAUACAUGACCUCCCAUGUGUACGUCCCGUUUGUUUUCCCCUCUUUGGAAUAUUUGAAGCUCUCCAUGAUAGAUGCUUAUCAAUCGUCUAUUACUUAUCUAUUUCAGGUGGCUGCUGGAGGUACCCACUCUGUGGUUCUUACUCAUGAAGGACAUGUGUGGACCUGGGGUCAACCAUGGCCUCCAGGAGAUAUGUAUGCAUUGCCUUCAGUUUUCCAAGCCUUUUUCUGUCUUCUUGCUCGCUUUCUUUUCUUUCUAUGCUUACAUCUAAUGUUUUUAUUUUAGAAAGCAAAUUUCUACUCCUGUACGGGUACAAGGACUUGAAAGGGUGAGGCUGAUUGCUGUUGGGGCAUUUCAUAACUUGGCGCUUACAGAAGAUGGAAUACUGUGGGCAUGGGGAAAUAACGAAUAUGGCCAGCUUGGAACCGGAGACACUCAACCAAGAUCACACCCUAUUCCUGUUCAAGGGCUAUCCGGUCUUACCUUGGUUUGUAUUAGAGACUUAAACUUUGGAUUUAUUGUGAUGAUCAAUAGCAGUUAUAUUCCUACUGAUGUCAAAUUAUAGAUUAUAAUAUUUGAAUUUUAGCAUGCAUAAUCAAUCAUUAUGCUCAGUCAGUUUCUGGCAACCUUGGAAAAGUCAGUGAAGCCAUAUGUGAGUCAGUGCUCCAGUAUUGGAUGAGCCUAAAUUGUUUAAUCUAUAAAAUAGUCAUCAAUCUUCAUGAGGAAAUCUGUAAACUUGUGAAAUCUUGACAUCGGGCAGAGUGGUUGGUUGUAUGUCUUUACCAAAUCUUGAAUGCUUUUAUGGACCGAGGCCUUUAUCGGUUUUCAUUCAUCCUGUAAAUUCAUUUCCUCAUAUUGCUGGACAUUGUAGACGGCUGUUGUCAGUAAUUAUUUAUUUAUUGAAACAAUGUGAGAGUAUACUUGACUUGUUUGGAUUUGCUUUUCAGGAUUCUGAGCCAUCUUCUCAUUUCUUGAUGUUGUUGCCUUCUCUAUGCUUGAUUAAUUAUUUAUUUUUGUUAAAUAUUUAAUACAGAAUGUGAAUCUCUCAUCAGUUCCUUGAAUUCUUGAUUAGACUGCCUUCAAUUCUCGUGCCUCAUCUCAUGCUUAGGGCCCCAAUGUUUUUAAAUGACGUGAUUACUCUCAGGUCUUUAUGCCGAGAUGUGAGAAUCUUCAUAAUCGUAUUUGAUGCCAGGCGGCUCCUAUGAACCUGAACCGUGACUAGAAUGCUUAUCUGAGAUAAACCCUUUGUGUGGACUGGUCCUAGCAUGCUGGUAGAUAUAAGACAGUUAUUUGGAAGACCUUGCUUUUGUUGCAUAAUAAGAGUCAAUUCUAACUAUGGUGCAAUUUGUCACACUAACAUUUCUCUUGAACGGACAACCAAUCUAAUCAUGUUCAUACUUCACAGAAUCAACUGAUUUGAAGCUGAUUUGAAGCUGAGUUGAAGAAUCUACCCUUUCAUAUUCAACUUCAGAGCAUGAUCUCCCCGAACACUAAAACGAGAAAAUUGUAGAAAAUCUGCUGAUAUCAGGCUUUGAUCGUUAUAGCUUGGUUGGAGCCAGUUUCCAAAAAAAUCAUCAUUUCCAGUUGGAGAUGAAGGAUAGAAAGAGGAGGAUAAGGAGAAAGAAAACCCUAUUAGGGAUCCAAAUUUGAUUCGGAAAUCAUUGAUUCAGUAUACAUACCCCUGGUAGACUUGUAAACAAAAUCCUAUCAGCUGUAGAACAUUACUCUAUAGUUCCCAUCAAGAUCAGCCGAGGCCUUGGAUGUUCUUGGCCAUGAGUAAGGCACCAUGGUUUCAUCUUUGGCGCAUACUCGGGUAUUUCAGAAUCUAGCAUUCAUCCCGAGCUGAUUUUCAGCUAAUCAUCUAUUCAAAAUAAAGGUCAAACCUGUGCCUGAUGUUUUUUUUUGCUUGAUAAAUAGCUUUACCUAUUAAUAUAUUUUUACCCAUUUUAUUCUGGUAUUCAUUUGGAUGAACUCAGUUCGUUUGUUUUGGUUUUACAUCCCUCUGCGGUCUGAUUUUCUUGUUUUUUCUAGGUUGAUAUCGCUGCAGGGGGAUGGCAUUCAACUGCAUUAACUGAUCAGGGGGAGGUACCCAUUAUUUUUUCCUGUUAUAUUUUAUUUCGGGCAUAAUUCAUCCCACACCUUUAGAUUUUUUCUGCCUAUCACAUCUUGCUUCAUUGAAUACCUAAGUAUAGAAAUAAAUACAUGCAUAAAAUGUGGUCAUGAUGAACAGAAUAUAUCUGUUGAAUGCCAACAGGCGUUUUGACAGCAUUAAUUCACAAAUCCUGGUAAAUUUUUUGUUUGAGAAUCUUGGGAUCUAUUAAUGGGUUUUUGAUCUUCAUCUGUUCAAUUCACUGAGCCACAUUUCAGAAAUGGGUUGGCUGUGACGAUAAUCUUUGCUUGAUAAACAGACUUCAUCUCCUUCUCAACUUACCAUUUAUGGGUAUAAUUCAGAUGCAUAUAUUCAUCAAUUUAGAUCCUCAUCUAAUUUUAUCUUGGGAACCAUUCAUGGGGUUGUCAACACGCCUGCAGGUGUAUGCGUGGGGAAGGGGCGAGCAUGGAAGGCUUGGAUUCGGAGAUGAUAAGAGCAGCAAGAUGGUGCCGCAGAAGGUUCAGCUCCUGGAUGGAGAGUCCAUUGCCCAGGUAUUUCCCCUAAAUGAAAUUUGCCCAGAUUGACAGAACCACAACCGUGAUCCCAUCUUAGACUUCUCUCUCUCUCUCUAUCUCUAGAUCUCAGAUGAAUUUCUUCCUGCUGUCCUGGUUAUACUGAGGGAUCCAAUAUGUCCAGUAUGAGGAACUCGCGGAUGAAUGAAACACUGUGUCAUCAGCUCAUCUUAUUUUUUUAACUUAUUUUAGUAAAGAACUUUGUUGACCCUCGAAGAAUGUCUUCCUUCUCUUUGAUUAAUUUCUUCCUGCUCUCUGGGUUCUUCUGCCUAGGAGUCCAUAGUCCCCGUCUCGUCAGUAAAAUCAGCUGGGGCAGGUCAACGAAAUACUGACCACCGCCCAAUCUUCAACCUUAUUUUCAUUAAUUCUGUCAGAAUCAUCGUUGACCCAUGAAGAAUACUCUCUCUCUCUCUCUCUCUCUCUCUCUCUCUCUCUCUCUCUCUCUAUCCUCAGGUAUCCUGUGGCGGCACUCAUUCGGUGGCUCGGACCAGCGACGGGCGGAUGUUCUCUGUGAGUAUUUCCUUGUUCUUUAAAGCUCAAGUCAACCAAGGAAUUAUAGAGGGCCCAGGUCGCCCAUAUCCAGAUCUGGUAGGAUUUCCGAUUCCAUCUUGCUUCUGUCUACCGCCCAAAGUCAACCAAUCCAACUUGAACCGGGUGAGGAUUAGGGUCAGAUUUUUAGACAUCCUUUCGGCAAGAGACCGGGUUGACUUAUUCAAGAACGGCCGAUCUCGAUUGAGGUUCUGGAUGCUCGGACUUUGUCGAAUCCAUCCGGGGUUAGAAUUUCCAUUCAUGUCAUUGUCAGCUAAUCCUUUUCUUCUGCAGUUUGGCCGCGGCGACCAUGGCCGGCUCGGCUACGGGAAGAAGAUCACCACAGGCCACCCCAUGGAGGUCCCCGUUGACCUCCCACCCCCCGGCGGCGCUCCGCCAUCCGGGCUCUGGCACGUGACGGCAGUGGCCUGCGGCGGCCGCCACACGCUCGCCAUUGCGUUGUGGGCCGCCGACAACGAACCAGAUGAGUAG